GGCCGAGCAGCGGAGGUGAGCGUGGAGCGUCACAGAGUGUGGAACAACCCUGAGCUCUCGCGGCGAAACUGCCUCCCUGAAGAAACUUUUAGAGAAAAAGGACUACAUUCGUUUUCAUUCGGCCUCGCUUUUUUCACACAAAAAAGUGUAUCCAUCCCUUUACAAGUUACGAGUCUUAGAUACCCCGGAUUGUUCUACAUUUCCCCACCGCCAUGCUAAUUAGGAAGAUCCUAGGGGCACUAUCCCUGGUGACUUUGGCAUCCUCCACGCCCGUCCCCAUCGCAGGCACCACGACAGCUAUGAUGUACUUAGCAAGAUUUGGCUACUUGGCCCCGACAGCGACCAACCCACAGUCAGGAGCGCUCUUGUCUGAAGAAACCGUCACGGAUGCUGUCAAGGAAUUCCAGGCCUUCGCUGGACUGAACCAAACGGGCGAGCUGGACGACGAAACAGUGAAGAUGAUGAAUACUCCGAGAUGCGGCGUCAAGGACAAGGUCGGGUACGGUUCGGACGCGCGCAAGAAGAGAUACGCGCUCCAAGGCUCCAGGUGGCGCGUGCGGGAUCUCAACUACAGGAUCACCAAGUACCCGCGCGGCCUCACCAAAGCUUCGGUCGACAGGGAGAUCGCCGCCGCUUUCAAGGUGUGGUCCGACGUGACCGAGCUGUCUUUCACGCCCGUGACGUCAGGCAAGGUGCACAUCGAGAUCCGCUUCGAGAAGGGCGAGCACGGCGACGGCGACCCCUUCGACGGACCUGGGGGCACCCUCGCCCACGCCUACUUCCCGAUCUACGGUGGAGACGCCCACUUCGACGACACGGAGGCUUGGACGAUCGACUCCUAUAGAGGUACAAACAUGUUCCAAGUCGCCGCGCACGAAUUCGGACACUCCCUCGGCCUGUCUCACUCCGACGUUCGCUCCUCCCUCAUGGCGCCGUUCUACCGCGGCUACGAGCCCAGUUUCGAGCUGGACCAGGACGAUCUGAACGGCAUCCAGGCUCUGUACGGCAAGAAGACCACCAAGCCCACCCCGGCCACCCUCCGCCCUCCCACCAUCGGCGGAGGCGGCACCGACGAGGGCGUGACCGGAAAGCCCAGCAGCGUGUUGUGCGGAGACCCCUCCGUCGACGCCAUCGUCACCAUGUCUGACCAGAACACUUACGUUUUCAAGGGCUCGCGUUACUGGAGACUCACAGAGAAGGGCGUGGACAGCGGGUACCCGAAGUCUAUCUCUGAAGACUGGGACGGACUUCCCUCGAACAUCGACGCUGCCUUUACCUGGACCAACGGCAAGACGUACUUCUUCAGGGGUGGCGAAUACUGGCGCUUCUCCGACCUGACCAUGGACGCCGACUACCCGAAGCAGAUCAGCAAGGGCUUCUCUGGCAUUCCCGACGACAUUGACGCAGCUUUCGUCUGGUCAGGAAACGGAAAGAUCUAUUUCUUCAAGGGUUCAAAGUACUGGCGUUUUGACCCCACUCAGCGACCCCCAGUGAAGGAGAGCUACCCCAAGCCCAUUUCCAACUGGGAGGGUCUGCCCAACUCUAUCGACGACGCCCUUCAGUAUUCCAACGGCUACACGUACUUCUUCAAGGACGGUAACUACUGGCGAUUCAACGAUCGGCGAUUCAAGAUCGACUCAGGAGACCCCGCUUUCCCGCGUCCUGCUGGCUACUGGUGGUUCGGCUGCCCCGCCUCCGGCUCCCAGAUGGACGCCACUCAAACCGGGACCACAGACCCCUUGGCCGACGAAGCCCACGAUGACACUUUCGAUGCUGACGGCUCAGAGGACUAUAUAGACAGCAACAAUUGGCUGACCCCACGUGUCGCGGGCUCAAGGAGUGUUGGCUACAGGCUAAACGGCGCCCCCUCGAACACCUUGGCGCUCUCGGCUGCACUCACUUUCACUCUUGUCUUUGUCCUUCAGUCGCUCCGCUGGAUGUGAUCGGAGUGGUUCUUGGCUACUGUGAAGUGUCGUCCAAAAGACAGUUGUUGUUGUUCUCUUUUUUAAAUCUUCUCUGAAGUAGUGAUCUAGGAUGAAAAUGCAAUAAUUAUGAUUUUUUAAACAAUUUUUUUUGUAAAUAUAUACAUGUACACACACACACACACACACACACACACACACACACACACACACACACACACACACACACACACACACACACACACACACACACACACUCACAUCCAGAAUGAGUAUUAGGCUAUGGAUUAUGAAAAUGAUCUCCAUUGAUCUGCUCAUCAACUCUUAAUGUCUUGAAAACAAUAUCUAUCUCAUAAUGUUGUUGAAACCCAUUUUACUUAUAUCGUUACAUGUCCUGUAAGGCUGAUUACUUAGCAUCCAGACAUACAUUACAUAUAUAUGAGCUAUAUUUGCAUGUAAUACUAAUAUGAGCGACAUGAUAUAGUGCAGUUAGGGCUCUGACACGCUCUCACGUGUACUAGAAUGGAUCUGUUUGAAGAAAUGACAUGAAUUAUUGUUGUUAACAUAUUAAAGACUUGACAAUAUUACACUUUACUUCGAUUUUUUCGUUUUGGAUCAUGUAAAAUUUAAUAGCAAGUCUAGAAUAUAUUUCCUAAUAUAUAUGUUGUUCUCUAUCACUACACAUGCAAAUAUUCAACGAAGUACCUUAAAUCUAUUAUGUGAAAUGAUCAUAGACUCGCAUUUAGUCACAUCAUAUUCACUAGAUACAUUUUACAGACAAAAUACUUCAGUGGUCAGUUCAUUCUGUUGGUCAUAAUAUGACUGUAUUAAGAAUUGCAGUAUAAUUUAAGUUUCUGUGAGUUUCGUCUGCAUUUUGACCUGUUGUGAAUUGAAGGAAAAAGAACAGGUUUUUCUUCUGUAGUUUGUAAGAUCCAAAAAAGGCAUUAUGUUUGUUAUACUAAGACUUUCUAUUGCUAGUAGUCUUAGAAGUAUAAAUCAUGUUUUAGAAUUCUGGUGUAAAUAUUUGUACAAAGCUGAGAGAGUGAUAUUCUUCAGUGUGAAUUAAAUAUAUGCGAUUAACACAG